CUAUAUUCAGAUAUUAUAUUAUGCUGUAUCUAUAAACUAAGGCAGAGAGAGUUGCAGAGGAAACCCAGGCCAUGAGUUAAGCAGCAAGCUCGACUCGUUGGUGCCUGUAUCGAACGAAGACAGCCAUGGCUCAAGUGUGGUUGCAGGUGCACCAUGCGCUCCAUGGGCUGCGGCGGCGGCAUGCGUCGUCUCCACAAGCAGCACUAGUCUCGGUCCUGCUCCUCUGCCCUGUAAUUAUCCUCCUGCUCGUGCGCCGCUUUGCGACGGCCACAAGCCAUAAUUCUAGAGAGCAGCUGCUGAGCAAGCUGCCUUCGCCUCCCAGAAAGCUCCCCGUCAUCGGCCACCUGCACCUCGUCGGCUCCCUCCCGCACGUCUCCCUCGGCGACCUCGCCGCGAAGCACGGCCGCGACGGCCUCCUGCUCCUCCGCCUCGGCGCCGUCCCGACCCUCAUCGUCUCCUCGCCGCGGGCCGCGCAGGCCGUCCUGCGCACGCACGACCACGUGUUCGCGUCCCGGGCCUACUCCCCCGUCACCAACAUCCUCUUCUACGGCUCCACGGACGUCGCCUUCUGCCCCUACGGCGAGCACUGGCGGCAGGUCAAGAAGAUCGCCACCACGCACCUCCUCACCAACAGGAAGGUCCGAUCCUACCGCCACGCACGCGAGCAAGAGGUGAGGUUGGUUGUGGGCAAGAUCCGCGAGGCGGCAGCCGCAGGCACGGCCAUGGACCUGAGCAACCUGCUCAACGCUUUCGCCAAUGACGUCGUGUGCCACGCCGUGUCGGGCAAGUUCUUCAGAGAGGAAGGCCGGAACAAGCUGUUCCGGGAGCUGGUGGAGGCGAACUCGUCGCUCAUCGGGGGGUUCAACCUGGAGGACUACUUCCCGGUGUUGGUGAGGCUGGACAUGGUGAAGAGGAUGGUGUGCGCCAAGGCCCAGAAGGUGAACAAGAUGUGGGACGACCUGCUCGAGAAGCUCAUCGACGGCCAUGCAAGCAAGCCGGCGUCGGAACGCGACGGCGACGACGAGCGCGACUUCAUCGACGUGUUGCUCUCUGUUCAACAAGAGUACAAGCUCACCAAAGACCACAUCAAGGCGCUACUGGUGGAUAUGUUCGACGCCGGCACGGACACAACCUUCGUCGUAAUGGAAUACGCCAUGGUGGAGCUCAUGCAGAACCCUCACCUCAUGAAGAAGCUACAAGCCGAGGUGAGGACGACGAUGACCCAGGGGAAGGGGAAGGGGAACGGGAUGGUUACCGAAGACGAUAUCAGUGAUAUGGCUUACCUGAAGGCCGUCGUCAAAGAGACUCUCCGAUUCCACCCGCCGGCACCGCUCCUAGCGCCCCACCUCUCCAUGGCCGACUGCGAUAUAGAGGGCUACACAAUUCCAUCUGGGACGCGCGUCAUCGUCAACAGCUGGGCUCUGGCCAGGGAUCCAAGCUACUGGAAGAGCGCGGAGUUCAUGCCGGAGCGCUUCAUGGAAGGGGGUAGCGCCGCAGCUAUGGAUUACAAGGGAAACGAUAUCAUGUACCUGCCAUUUGGGACUGGACGGAGGAUGUGCCCGGGUAUAAACUUUGCCAUCUCCACUGUUGAGGUGAUGCUAGCGAACCUCGUGUACCACUUCAACUGGGAGCUACCACCGGGACUGAUGGACAGAGGCAUCGAUAUGACAGAAUCGUUCGGGAUCAUAGUGCAUCGUACGGAGAAGCUCCUCCUUCUCCCGAUACCGCCACAAGAUUAAUUAUCUAUCAUUCCACAUAUGCAUAUAUAUAUAUAUACAUAUAUAUAUAUACACGUGUAU